AUGAUAGCUAUUGUCUUAUUAAUGUAGAGUUUCUUUUUAUUGACUGCUUAUUACAUUAUCGGUAUGAAUGAAGAUUCUUAAAUAUAAACAUACUCAGUAGAUUUAAAGCUUAACAAUUUUGGAAUGGAUUCCUAUUUUGGAUAUGGACUAUGGAGCAGAUAUUCUCCAUUAGGAUCGGUACUUCAAGUGGGGCAAUUUGGAGUAUUAGAUAGUGACUGUUUUCAUCUUCAUAAUGCUGCUUAGCAAUCAACAAAUGAUUUGAAUCUAAUCGUAUAUGAUUGUCUUAACUAUGAAACCAAAACAAUUAUAAGAAGAAUUUAAUUCGUUACUAUAGAUGAGAAUUGGCAUUUAUUUGAAGUAGAACUUGAUGAGCUGGAAUACGAAUAUGUUUGGCAUUAUUUUGAAAUUACUCAAUGGCCAUAAAGAAAUAGGUUUGAAUUAUUAGUCAUUAAAUAUCCUGAGAUUAAAUUAUAUAGUAUUUAAGAAGACUUUUAGUUUCCUUAUAAAGAUACUGAAUUGCUUCUUACUUUUGGAGGAGGAUUGCAGAUAUCAUAAUCAAAUACUAAUUAACUUUUAAAACAACUAUCUUAAUUUUCUUUUUUCCCAGGAAAAUUUUAUUUAUAUCCUUUAUCAAUUGGGACUAUGCCAAUCACUAGAAAUGCUGCUAAUACUGCAUUAAGUACAUUUUAGUUUAGAGCAAACUGUUUGUGCAAUUAUAAUAGCUAAGUAGGUAUAUAAGAUUAAGAACUAACUUGGUUAGAUAAAAUCAUAUUUCCUUCUUAAAAAUCUAAUUGUGAUUCCUAUUUGUUGUCAACUUGGAUCAAAAUUUAAAAUAUUUUUUAAUCUUCACCAGAAUUUUUAUAUCAAGUAUUAAAACUGUCUGCUAACUUUGAAAAUCCUACAUUAGUCAAUAAUAAUUUAGCUGCCUUUUAAUUAUUAUAUAAAAUUACUUCAUCAAAAAAUUCAUUGAUUGUAAAUACUUACAGUUAUACUUUUCCUCUUGUUUCUAUUAAUUUCGAUAAUGAUCCAUUUUUAAUCCCAAAAGAGUUUGAUCUUUAACACAAUAUCAACCUUUGGCACUAUGUUUUAGUGAUAUUAAGUAAUAAUGAAUUGAAAAUCUAAAUUAUUUUUUAUGAGGGAUUGCAACAACAUCAUUAUAAUUAUGAAUUGGCAGUUAAUUAAUUUCGUAUUGUCAAAUUCAAACUAUUUUAUGGAAAUGUGAAAUAAUUAGUCUAUGAUUAUCUUUCUGUUAAAUUUGUAAAUACCUACUUUUUCAAUUGUGCAGGAUUCAUCAUAUUACCUCAACUUGAGUGUCAUGAGAGUUGUUUGGAAUGUGAUGGUCCCACUAACACAGAUUGCUUAUCUUGUCCUAUCAACUCAAAUCGUAUUUAUAUUCCUGAAUAAAAGUCUUGUGUCUGUCCGUAUAAUACAGUUGAAGAAAUAUAAUGCAAAGAUUAUUAAAAUUAUAAUUUUAUCCUUGUCAAAGAGGAUAAUAUAGAUUAUAAAUGUCUUUAAGGAUACUUUUAAUAUGAAGGAAGUUGUAUUAAAUGGUAAUUUAAAUAUUAACAUUAGUCCUUCAGUGAUAAGGAGUACAAGCAUAGCAUGUUUAGAAUGUGUAUAUUAGGCCUAAACUUGGGCAACGAAUUCUUUUUGUUCAACAACUUUAUAUGAUGAUAUUCAAGGAGGAGUGGCUUAGUUUUAACAAGCCAAGUCAUAAUAAUAUUAUAUAUUUGAUGGUGAUGCACUUUAAUUAAGAUAUUAUAGCAAUUCAAAAAUAAUAGAUGAAGAAACCAAUGACGAUUUUACAUUGACUUCAAUGAAUUUUAAGAACUUUUGCUUUCAGCAUUAAACAGCUGUAGCUUAAUGGAGAAGCGAGAAAGAAUGUUAUCAAUGCACUAUACAAAAUUGCUAAAGCUGUGCAAUCACAGCUUUAGCAAUUACAUGCUUAUCCUGUGAUUAUUACUCAAAACUUAAGGAUGGAAUUUGUAUCCCAACAAGUCUAACUGGGCAAAUUGUCAUUAAUGAUUGUUUAGCUCCUUUUUAUUACACUUCAACUUAUUAGUGCAAAAUUUGUAAUAUCUAGAAUUGCAAAUAUUGUUUCGAGUAUUUAAGUAAUGAUUUGACAAAAUGUACAUUAUAUAGAGACUUUGAAUCUUUUAAAAUAGAUGAGUAUCACUAAGUGGGUUGUGCUUUAUGCAAUGAUGAUUUUAUCUAUGACUUUACUUCAGGUAAGUGUAAGCAUGAAAAACCAAAUAUAGAUAAAUGUCUUAGAUCUUAUAUUAACUUACAAGGACAAGAAAUUUGUACUUUAUCCAAAAUUGAUGACUUUAAAAUUGCUCCUGAAAUUAUCAAUUGUUAAACCUAUAUUUCAAAUUGUAAAUAGUGUUUAAUGACUCCAUAAAACGUAAUCAGAUGCAUUUUGUGCGAGGAUGGUUAUACGACUUCAAUAACUACAGGGUAAUGUUACUAAUGCUUGAUUUAGAAUGCUAGAAUAUGCAUUGAAGGGGAUUAUUUGCUAAAGGAUUAAUGGAUGUAAUUAAUUUAAAGUUUUUUAAUCUAAUUUUUACCCAAUAAAUACAUGUAUCCAAAAUCUAGCAUAGAGAGAUACACAAUUGAAUUACCAUAGGAGUGUUAACAAGGCUUUAGGCCUGACCCUUAUAGUAACUGCAUUAAGUAUUGCGAUUCAAAUUGUUUAUAGUGUGUCUUAAAUGAGGCAUAUCCAUAUAAAUUUUAUUGUAAUAAAUGUCCCUUAGAUUAUUAUAAAAAACCAUUAAAAUCAUCUGAAGAUGGCAAAUGUUUUUAAUGCCCUUAGUUAUGUUCAGUUUGUUAGUCUAGAACUGAAGAGGAAAUAAAAGUAUUGAAAUAUAUAUUAAUUUUAGAUGACCAACCCUUAUUAUAUUUUGAACGAGGGUACUAUUAUUUAUACUUUAAAAUGCCUUUAACAAGCUCCAGACGAUAAUGUAGUAAUUGACCCUUAUACAAAUAUUGCUAGAUAUUGUUAUAAAUCCACUUGCACUGACGUUAUUUAAUAUUAAGUAAUUUUUAUAAAUAAAUAAGUUUGAUGUAAAUUGCUAAAAUCUUUAAAAUCUAUUAAGCAAAACCCAAAUGUAAUUUUACUAGAAUAACAUAAAUAUUAAUUAUUGCAAUAAAUUAGGAAUUAAAAAAAUAGUUCUCUACAUGACGCUGUUGAUUCAAUCUGGAAAUCCCUGCAAUUUACCAAAUUUGAUUGAAAUUUACAAUGAUCUUAGAAAAAAGAUUUAUGCACUCCAAGAAGUUUAACUUAAGUUGGAAGGCUUAGGAAGAAGUGGUUGUUUUAGGCCAAUAGUUAUAAUUAAUUUUAGUAUUGUAGAAAUUAUUAAUGUUGCCUUCGAAGUUAGGAAUUCAUCUUAUUUGAAGUUAGAAAAUAAUUAAAGCCCGAUUAACCUAAUUAUCAAUAACUCAAUUAUAUUUGGAAACUUAGGAGAAACUCAAUAAUAUUCCAUAACCUUAAGUAAAUGUGGAGAUUUGAUAAUAUAAGAUCUUUAGAUAAUAAACCUAAACCUUUUGAAUUCAACUAUUUUAGAUUACAUCUCUUUAAAUCAAAAAAGUAAAAUUUUUAUUAAAAAUUUGUCUAUAUUUUCUUCCAUUUUUAAUAACAGUAUUUUAUUUGCUUUUUCAAACCUAGAACAGAGCAUCUCGAUUACUAAUAUUUUAAUACAAGAUUGCUAAUUUUAUAAUUCUCUAAUAUUUUCAUUUAAUUCAAAAUCUCCAAAUCAAUUAUCAUUCAUAGAAAUUUAAAAUCUAAAAUUAGUACAAAGUAGAAUGAUUAGCUCAAGUCUCAUCAUAACUUAUGAUGAGAUCUCAGUAAAUUUUGACGAUAUAUACAUUUAUAAAAACCAAUUUAAUAACUCGACUUUGCUAGGAGUGAGCUAAAAUCUAGUCCUUUAAAACACAAUUUUGGUUGAAAACAUAUUUAUGAAAUCACUAUUUUUAUUUAUAACUGAAAUAGAAGGGUAAUCUAGAACAAUUUUGAUUGACCAUUUAAAUGUGAUAUCAAAUGCCUUUGAAACCUCAUCCAUAAUAAACACUAAAUUAUAUAUAAGUAAUGCUUUUACAAAGUGUUAAAUUAUUAAUCUUUAUAUGCAAAAUAAUCACUAACUAGUUGAUUCUGGGUUACAUCUGUUUAAUUUAAAUAUUUAUUCACUAACAAUCAAUGGAUGCUUAAUUAAUUAUUCUAUUAAUCUUAACCAUUUUAAAUUAACUGAGAUACAAUCAAUAGUUAUUCAAAAUAUAUCUUACAUAAAUAAAGAAUAAAAUCAUAAAGUACCUUUAUCUUAUGAAUGUUUGGAAAAAAAAGAAUAAAAUCUAUAAUUAUUUUAUAUAUCCGGAUUUUCAAGCCUUUAAAUUCAAAAAAUCAUAAUUAAAAAUUAAUUUAUCAUUAAUUAUAGUUUUAUUCACAUUCUUUCAAAUAUUUUGUAAUCAUCUGCUAUAAAGGAAGUAAUUGAAAUCAAAGAUGUCAUAUUUUACGGGAAUAUAUUACUAAAGCAAAAUUUAGGAACCAUGAUCUCGUAGAUAUCAAUAUACAGUGAAAAAUAUUAAGAAAUCUCUUUAGAAAAUAUUCAGUUUUAGGAAGUGUUUUUUAAUGAAGAAAUAGAUGAUCCAUCUUAAACCUCAGCUGGACUUAUAUUCCUUAAUUCCUAGCAAAGUUUUGUGGCUAUUAAUAAUCUAACAUCCUUAUCGAAUGCAGUGACUAAUUCUUCGAAUACCUUUAUUUACAUUAACUCUAAUUCGGUUUAAAUAAAUAACAUUACAAUAAAAAACCAUAAUACUUUAAACUCAACAACUUGGAAGAAAUACUAUGAGAUUACUCUCGAAAAUUAAAGUAAUACAGAUUAAAUUAAUUAUAUUGUCUAAUCUAUUUUUAAAUUCUUAAAUAAAGGUGGAAUAAUUUAGAUAACAUCCUCAAAUAUACUUAUAACUUUAGGUCUAUUUACUGAGAUCUAGUCUUAAAGCAGCUCGAUCUUUGAUAUUAGAACCUAAGGAUAAGGAGUUGUUCAGUUUGAGUAACUUUCUAUCAGCUAAGCAGAAGUUGAUCUUUAAUCAUAUACUGAGACGCAAGGUUGUAUUAGUAUCUACUCAAAAAAUAGUCUGCUAAGUCUUAAAAUGAAGAAUGUUAAGUUUAAAAACAUCUUUAACAGACUAAGUUCUUCUAUUUUGUCCAUCACUCCAUCCCAAACUUUAAAUAAAAUUGAAAUGCAGGAUGUGAUCUUAGAGAGUUGCUUAUCAUUAAUUAAUCAAUUUAUGAAAAUUGAUUUCUCUUACUCUGAUAAAAAUUCAGUACUACUCGAAAAUUUAUAAAUUUAUUAAUCUGAAUCUGAUUGGAUAGAAUAUAGAAACAAAAUUGAGCCGAUUAGUUUAAGUGAAGUAAAUAAAAUUCCUAUUGAUAAUGCAGUCAUAAAUUUAAAUGGAUGCCAACUUUUUAUUAAAGGGUUAAUAUCUGAAGGGACUUUUCUAUCUCCAAUUUUAAAAGUUACAGAUUCUUAAAAAAUACUCAUACAAAAUUGCAAAAUAAAUUCAGUUUAGACAUUUUUUACAUUUAGUAUUUUUUAGUUUAUUGAAACUAGAGUCUAAAAAUCUUCUAUUUAUCUAGAAGGAUUCCAUGUAAAGAAUACUACUUUAUUUAAAAAAAGCGAUGAAAAAAUUAUAACCAAUGGAGCCUUUCGGAAUACAUAUACUGCUAAUAAAUGUAGGAUUUAUAAGAAUACUCCAAUACCUUAAGUCACCUCAACUUAUUUAUUUUAAUAGACUUUGGAAUAUUUAAAUGAAAAUAUAUCAUCAACUGGAUCCUUAAUUUUUGUAUCAAGUGUUUCAACCCAAAAUAUUAUUACUCUCAGAAAGAUUUUAGUUAAUUUUAAUAAUUUUUCAGAAAAAGUGUAUGGAAUUAUUAACUUUAAUCUUUCUGGAUUUUAAGAAAUAAAACUGAGAGAAGUUAGUUUCAUUUAAAAUAAUAUAAAUGAAUUCGGCUGUCUCACAUUUAUUGCUAACUUAAAUUUAGAAAGCAAAAUUAAAAUAAUAAAUUCUUAGUUUUUAUUUAAUAAUGGCACAUUUGGUACAGCAAUAUACGCAAGCAAAGUGAUAAUAGAUAUAAAAAAUAGUUAGUUCAUUAAAAAUAUCGCAAAAUAAGAAGGUGGGGCUAUUUAUAUGGAGAAUUGCGGUAAUCAUUCUAGAAUUAUUAAUUCCAUUAUUCUAAUGAAUUAAGCUUAACAAGGCGGAGGAUUAUAUUUUAAUGGGAAAAAUCAUAUCAAUAAAGAUAAUUUUAUUCAUUCAUUAAUUCUAUUGAAUUAUGCUGAAAAAUUGACAGAUAAUAUUGUAGAACUGCCACACCAUCUUGCUUUAUCAAUAAAUUAAUAUAAGAUGUUUUCUACUCAAGAAAUAACUGAAAACUUGACAACAAAUAUUUUAAAAUUAAAUUCCUAUAACAUAAUAGAGUAGGGAUAGUUAAAAAAUGCAAGUGAACUUUAUUUACCGAGUAAUCGAGCAAUUGCUGACUUUUUAUUGUUUAAUCCAAAAAAUUAAGGAUAUUUAUCAUAUUUUAAUGAUUUUUCGUUGUUUUUUGAAAAUAGUAUUAAUGAAAAAGUGUCUAAUUUUAUUAAUAUUACUUGCAAAACAUAAAUGUUCACUCAAACUCAAAAACAUGAAUUAUUAGAAAAUACUAAUCCAAUUCAAAUUUUACCUUAUGACUAAGAAAAAAAUACAUUAAAUUUAUAAAUGCUUAAUUUUGAGUUUGAUCCUUAUUAAAAUACCGAUUAACUUCUUUUGGUUUAGAUAAAUUGCUCAUUAUUAAACUAGCAUACAUUGAGAUAUAUCUUUACUGCCAAAACUUUCAAAUGUUAAUUAGGAGAAUUUUAUGUAAAUAAUGGUUGUUAAGUUUGUCAACAAAGCCAAGGUUUUUAUUCAGUUACUUAUAAUACAACUAAAUGUUCAAUUUUUGAUAUGACUAGAUUUUCAAACAUCACGUCAAAUAGGAUUUAAUUACUUAAAGGAUUUUGGAGACCACAUGAAGAGUCUGAUUAUACUGAACUUUGUUUUAAAUAAUAAGCAUAUUGCUUAGGAGGAUGGAAUGUGGGUAAUAAUCUAUGUUAAAGAGGACAUGUUGGCGGAUUGUGCGAAGAAUGUGAUAAUUAUAAUAUUAGAGGGGAAGGGCAGUUUUUUAAAGAUUUUGAAAAUUAAACUUGUCAACUAUGUUCUAAAAGUGCAAAAUACAUAUUUAUAUUUAUAGCUGCAUCUUUAUGGUAAUAUUCUAUUAAACUAGCUAGGUCUAUAUUUUAAAUUCUUCUAACUCUCAGAAGUAUUGAUAAAUCAAAUCAAUUAUUUUAUUCAUUGAAAUUAAGGAAAAAGGUUAGCAAAAUUCUAUUUAAACUCAAUCAAGGUAUUAAUUGUAUCUAAAUAUAGAUCAUCAAAGCAUUUAAAUAAAAAUGUUUAUAAAUUUCCUAUGGAUAUUUUCUUUAAUCUUUUCCUUUAACAUUUAAUUUUCAUUUUCUUUUGGAUUUGUAGAUCAAAUUAGCAAUCCAACUAAUUUUAUGGCAACCAGUUUAGAUUGUUAUCUAUUAGAAUUUGAAUAAAUUUAGCUAAAUUAUUCAAGAAUUAUAGCAACACUUUUGCUUAUUAUUUUACAACUGAUUAUCAUGUUUGUUGGUUCUCAAAUUUUAGCUCUUACAACCAAGUCGAAAAGUCUUAACAGUGUUUUAUCAAAUACUGGGCUUUAUCUUUAUGUAUCGAAUUUUGCUUCAUUGAUUAAACAGUACAACUAUUAAUAUAAAUAGAUUUUCUUCAUUGUUAGCAAGAAGAUAAAUAUCAAAUAUUGAAUACAUUUAAGGUAAUGUAUCACUCAUGUUUGAUACUCAAUCUCACUAUACAUGGAUGUAUAGAUUUAUAAUACCAGGAUUAGGAUUUAUUGGAUGCUUUAUUCCAGUAUUUUUAUUUUCUUUAAUGUUUGUUAUGAGAAAAAAGCUUGACAUGAUUAAGUUUAGAAAACAUAUAUGCUAUAUGUUUAAUGAAUAUGCUGAACAUUGUUAUUAUUGGGAAUUCAUCAAAAUAUGGAAAAAGACCAUAUUAAUUAUAAUUCUAACAUACUUUGAAACUAAUAUACUAUUAAAAGCAUCUUUGUUGGGACUCUGCUUAUUAUUUUAUUAAUUGUUUGCUGUUAAAAUUAAGCCAUUUAUAAAUUAAAAACUAAAUUCCCUAGAUUUAGAAACUGGAUAGUUUUGCUCUAUUGCAAUAUUUUUGGCAGCCACCAUAUAUGUUUGUGAAUAAACAUCAAAUCAAAUUUAUUCCUAUCUACUUUAAUCUAGUAUAAUUCUGCUAUUCAUUAAGCUCUGUUAUCCAUUUAUUUAUUAGAUUAUGAGCUUAAAUUAUAAAACGUAGAAAAUUAAUGUUCUUACUCUUUUAUUGAAAUGUAGUAGCUUAUUAACGAGUAAUUCUACAUUUGCUAAACAUUUAAAUUACAAGCUGAUUGAGUUAAAAUAGAGAGAAUAAAAGUUAAAGUCGAACAUUUAAAAGUUGAAGCAACAUUUAUUUUCUGUUUCAAAAAGUAUUAAUGAAAAUUAAAAGUAUUAAUAAUAUAUUAUUAUUUUUUAGAUUAUUAUCGUCCUAAUAAUAAUUUCAAAAUAAGUCUACUUUUAGAAUCCUUACUUCUAGAGAAACUGAAGUUGUAAAAUUCAUGAAAACUGAUCAAGAAUGA